AUGAUCCUGCUGCUGAUAUCCCCGGCCCGUGAUUGUGGGGGUUCUGUUUCUUCUUAUAAAAUCCAUCCCUCUUCCCUCUUCCCUCUUCCCUCUUCCGUCUUCCGUCUUCCCUCUUCCCUCUUCCGUCUUCCCUCUUCCGUCUUCCCUCUUCCCUCCCUUCAUCCACCCUUCUACUCUCCGACCUCUAUCAUCCUCUUCAUUCCUUUCUUUGUUCCUCAUCCCUUCCUCGCAGCCCCUCUGUCUACGCAUCCCGCGCCUGUUUCAACUCUCCCUCCACCUCACUCGGCGAAGCUCAGCGAUGCUGCGAUCUCAUUCUGGCAGAUGAUGAGGUCUACCAUGGAUCUCUCACGGCCUCUCAACAUUUAUCUCCCUCGUAUCGGCCACGCAUCCCACGUGUGCGAGGGAGAGAAGGCCUCUCUCCGUGACACCCCUCAAGUGAACCACUUGAGGGGAACCAUCCAGCUGCUCACUGAACACAGCUCUCACCCUGGCUCAAACACCGCUCUCCCGAGUAGAUGGGAUCUCCUCCAGCGUGCAGCAUCUCUGAAUGUGGCAGAGUCAAGCCGCUCUUGUCCGGUGGCGGAUAACCAGGUCAGUCUCCUUGUGUUGGUUUCAGCCUUCAUCAAUACCCCGGCCAACGUCAAGCACGCUUUCACCAUCAUCAACCACAUCAACCACAACUCUGUUCGUAACAUCGUUACUCGGUAA